CUUUAAGAACGCCUUAAUGCGUUCCAUAAAAUUUUCUUAUUCGGUGAAAUCACUGGCUUAAGGUUAUUUUAUUGGUGAUGUCUUCAUAAUCACGACUGCCGGGAGAGAAAAAGAAACUACUACUACUAUUAUUACUACUAUUUUCCUCCUUCACUAACCGAUUUUUUCUUGUCAUAUGACAACAAAGUUUAUAAUGUUCUUUAAUUGAAUAUAUAAAAAUGGAAGUUUGAUUAUAAUAAGUGACAUAAUUGGUAACAAUAUAUGUAUGCAUAUUUGCGAUUAUUAAUGACAUUAAUGAAGACUUUUCAUUAAUGUCAUCGAGUUUCCUUUUUCAUCAGUUAUACAUAUUUCUCCAUGCUAUAGUGAAAUGCUAUUACAUGAGAAAUCAAUGACAUUUAUUCAAAAGCAAACAACAAGUCAAUGAUAAUUUUUUCGUCAUUAUAAUUAAUAUUUUAAAUAAUGAAAAUUCUCAGUCACUUUAUUAUUUUAUGAUAAUUCCAUAUAAUUAAUAUCCAUCUGAGUUCAUUCAUUAUUAAACAGAUUACUUCCAAUAUUCAUUAUUUACAAAUAAACAUAGUAAAGAAAAAACUGACAUCAUUGGUUUGAUUCUAGAUAAAUAUUAUUGAGUUGUCACAUCUUCAUUACAUCCAUUAUUAAUAUAUAUCGAUAUUUUUCGCAAUAGAAUAGAAUAUAAUAUAUAUAUAAAAUAUUAGACAUUUGAUAUGAAUUUUUAUUAAUUAUUGAAUGUCACUGGUUGGAGCCGAUUAUAAUAUAGUUCGUAACAAUAUCAUCAUGGUUAUACUAUAGAAACCUCACAACAUGAUUUAUAUAUACUGGCAAUUUUAAUUAUAUAUUAUAUGUUUAUCAAAUUUCAUAAGACGACAUUAUGAGAACGGAAACAUAAUGUUUAAUUAAGAUAUUAUCUUUGUAUUAAUUCUAUCAUAUUACAAUAUGAUAGAAUUAAAUACUGAUGAAUUCAAGUCAUACAUACAUACAUAGAUACAUAUAUACGUAAUAUAUAGAAAUUUUACAUUGAUUAUACAUGAAGUCUUUUCUAUAAGCUUUGUUUGUCAAAACAAAAGCCAAUUGUAGAUCGUUUCUUAAACGUUGACCAAAAAUAUCGUGAAUAUAUCAAUAAUAAUUAUGGCUUCAACUUCUAAAAAAAACAGUAGUUCUCGGCGAAAAGCUGUCUCUAAAAUUGAAUUAACAGAAGAUCAAAAAGCUGAUAUAAAGGAAGCUUUUGAUCUAUUUGAUCCAGACGGAACAGGCAAAAUAGCAACUAAAGAACUUAAAAUAGCAAUGAGAGCUCUUGGUUUUGAACCAAAAAAGGAAGAGUUAAAAAAGCUUGUAGCUGAUUUUGAUCCAGAUUGUCUUGGGAAACUGUCAUUUGAGGAAUUUUUAAAUAUAAUGUCUGUAAAAAUGUUAGAGAAAGAUCCGAAAGAAGAAAUUUUGAGAGCCUUUCGUCUUUUUGAUGAUGAUGAAACUGGGAAAAUAUCUUUUAAAAAUUUAAAACGUGUAGCUAGAGAGUUAGGUGAAAAUCUUACGGAUGAAGAAUUACAAGAAAUGAUUGAUGAGGCUGAUAAAGACGGUGAUGGAGAAAUUUCUCAAGAAGAAUUUAUGCGAAUUAUGCGAAAAACCUGCUUAUAUAAAUAAAUGUAAUGAUUUGUUCGUUGUUUUCAUUUCGAAUUAAAUUAGUUUUAAAACCGUUUAA